CUUUCGCUCCCGGAGGAACAGAAUGAAGUAACGAGAAACGGCUGUGAAUCCAAGGAACUGGUCUACCUUGUGCAGAUCUCUUGUCAGGGGAGGAGCUGGAUCGUGAAGCGGAGUUAUGAAGAUUUCAGAGUACUCGAUAAACAUCUUCACCUAUGUAUUUAUGACCGGCGCUUCUCCCAGCUCUCAGAGCUACCCCGCUCCGAUGCCCUGAAGGACAGUCCGGAGCUUGUCACCCAGAUGCUGAUGGCUUACCUGUCACGCCUCUCAGCCAUCGCAGGCAACAAGAUAAACUGUGGGCCUGCUCUCACGUGGAUGGAGAUUGAUAACAAGGGGAAUCACCUGCUAGUCCAUGAGGAAUCAUCCAUUAACGUUCCUGCUAUUGCUGCUGCCCAUGUUAUUAAGAGAUAUAUUGCUCAAGCAGCAGACGAACUGUCCUUUGAGGUGGGAGACAUAGUGUCUGUUAUUGAUAUGCCACCAAAGGAGCUGACCACGUGGUGGAGAGGCAAACAUGGAUUUCAGGUUGGGUUUUUUCCUAGCGAGUGCGUUGAACUAAUUAACGACAAAGUUCCUCAGUCCGUGACCAACUCUGUGCCAAAACCAGAAAUAGAAAGGGACGAGAACCGUGGGCUGAUCUGUGGAAAUGCUGCUAUAUACAGGAUUCAUCUGGUCUUCCAUGAAAGUCGCACCAUAAAAUCUGUGAUUCUGUUGGAAAAGUACGAGUUUGAGAGAACAGCUCCCUAG